AUGAAUUUCUUAGAUCAUUUCAAAGGCAGAACCUAAAGAGUCCCUAGAGAAGGCUAUUUAAAUUUAUUUGGAUUGGAAUCAAAUAGAGUAGUUUAGAAUCCUUAAAUCUCAAAAUCUAAACUCAAUUAAUCUCUUUAAAAAAUACAACAAGAAGAAGCCUAAUUACAAAAUGAAAUUAUGGAAAUUGAUGAAUAUUAAUUGAAAAGAUAUUCAAAAAUCUCUACAGAAAUAACUACUCCAAGAUCUUUUAGCUCUAAAAAAAAUCUUAGUGCAAUUAGAAGUGCAAAAUUUAUCUUAAAAUACUGA